GUCCAGCAAGAGCAUACGUAAACGUUUACGAACUCCAUCCGACACAACGGACCACCCGCGAAAGUCGCGGCACAAGUGAACGCGACGCGGCAAACGCAAGCUUGGAUGGACCAGCUCGUCUCCACUGUGCAUAACUACAACUCCCUUCGAAGCUUUGAGCCCAUGUGGGCAGCUUGGACGGCCGACGUGUCGUCAUUUGACAUUGCGUUCACGUACACCGCCGUGUGUUCAUCGGUGGCACUGUUUGGCGGGUCGUUUGUGUACUUUUUGGUGGAUUUCCAGCCAUCACUGCGGAAAUACAAGCUGCAGCCAACGCGACUCCCCACCCUAGGCCUGUACUGGAAGUGCUUGAAGUUGUCGCUCUUUAACCAAGUCGUGUUGCACGGUCCUGUCAUGUUGUUGCUGCUGCAUGUUUGGGGCGACUUGCCCACGUUUUCGGCGGCGCUUCCACUGCCGACCCCUUCGAGCAUGUUGUGGCAACUUGUGCUCUUUGUCUUGGUCGAAGACUUCAUCUUUUACUGGUGCCAUCGGCUUUUGCACUGGAACAAGAUUUAUAAAUACGUCCACAAAGUUCAUCACGAGUUUACCGCGCCGUUUGGCUUGACAGCAGUGUACACCCAUCCCGUCGAGGAACUUGUGACGAUGCUGGCGACGCUGGCAGGGCCGUUAGUGUGUGGCAGCCAUGUCGUGUGCUUGUGGUUGUGGCUCGUCCUUCGCGUCGUCGAAACCAUCGAUUCCCACUCAGGGUACGACUUUCCUUUCACAUGGGGCCACUUCGUGCCGGUGUUGAGUGGCCCUGCCCGCCACGACUACCACCACGAAAAAUUUGAUUGCAAUUAUGGGUCAACUCUCGCCUUCUGGGACUGGGUCUGUGGCACAGACAAGCAAUUUCGAGCGCUGCAGCGGUCGAAAGCGGCCAAGGGCGACCGCGCGUGGCUCGAUCUCUUUGACUGGGGCACGUCCGUUCGUGCAAAGGAGCUGUAGAUGCUCCCGACGUGAGUGGAUUGCUUGCUGAACAGAGAAUAUUCCAUUUGUUUGACCUGGGUCAAGCGUGAAACUGGAUACGGUCACUCAUCUGCUGGCGCUGCGAAUGGUGCUGACCCC